GGCCCGGCAGCGCCCCGAGUUGCCCCCCCUGGCCUUUUUUUGGUGUUGGGGAGCGCAGGGAAGGCCUCAGGGCGAGGGUUGGGGCAGCUCCCGCGAACUGGUGUGUAAAUGUGUGCCGCGAGCGGGGCGAGCCGAGAGGAAGCGAGAGCGCCCGAGUUUGCAAAGAGCUGCUUUGUGUUUGGUAUUUUGAGAAAAUGGCCGAAUGCCUAUUUCAGCCAGGAAUGCUGCCGCCGAGGCAGGCGCCGGGGGCAGCGGCGCGUAGGAAUCCGUGCAGCACGUUGGGGUUCGGAGCUUUGCUCGGACGGUCUGCCGGACGGACGUUGAGAUUUCUUGAGGGGUGGUCGUGAAGGUUGGGGGGACCAUUAGGAAAGUCGAUGUUUGGGUAAAUAACCGAGGAGCCCGGAGGAUCAGCCUUGGGACAGCUUUUGCCCUCGGUUUGUUUUCUGUGAUGGCAUUUGAUUCCAACUUUUUGCUGAAUACAGUUAUGGCCACCCAGGUAAUGGGGCAGUCUUCUGGAGGAGGAGGGCUGUUCAACGGCAGUGGCAACAUUGGCAUGGCCUUGCCUAACGACAUGUAUGACUUGCACGACCUCUCCAAAGCUGAAUUGGCUGCUCCUCAGCUCAUCAUGUUGGCAAAUGUGGCCUUAACUGGGGAAGUAAAUGGCAGCUGCUGUGAUUACCUAGUUGGCGAAGAAAGGCAGAUGGCAGAAUUGAUGCCUGUUGGGGAUAACAACUUUUCAGAUAGUGAUGGAGAAGGACUUGAGGAGUCUCCCGAAAUAAAAGGUGAACCCCGUGGCCUGGAAAACAUGGAACUGGAAAGUUUGGAACUCAGUGUUGCAGAACCACAGCCUGUGUUUGAGGUAUCAGCUGCCCCAGAAAUUUACAGCUCAAAUAAAGAGCUUCCUCCUGAGACACCUGGAGCAGAGGACAAAUCCAAGACCUUGAAGACCAAACCCUUUCGUUGUAAGCCGUGCCAAUAUGAAGCAGAAUCUGAAGAACAGUUUGUGCAUCACAUUAGAGUUCAUAGUGCCAAGAAGUUUUUUGUGGAAGAAAGUGCAGAGAAGCAAGCAAAAGCCAGGGAAUCUGGCUCUUCUACUGCCGAAGAGGGAGAUUUCUCCAAAGGCCCCAUUCGCUGUGACCGCUGUGGCUACAAUACCAAUCGAUACGAUCACUAUACUGCUCACUUGAAACACCAUACUAGAGCUGGUGAUAAUGAGCGAGUCUACAAGUGCAUCAUUUGCACAUAUACCACAGUAAGCGAAUAUCACUGGAGAAAACACUUAAGAAACCAUUUUCCAAGGAAAGUAUACACAUGUGGAAAAUGCAACUAUUUUUCAGACAGAAAAAACAAUUAUGUUCAACAUGUUCGAACUCAUACAGGAGAACGCCCAUAUAAAUGUGAACUUUGCCCUUACUCAAGUUCUCAGAAGACUCAUCUAACUAGACACAUGCGUACUCAUUCAGGUGAGAAGCCAUUUAAAUGUGAUCAGUGUAGUUAUGUGGCCUCCAAUCAACAUGAAGUAACUCGCCAUGCAAGACAGGUUCACAAUGGGCCUAAACCUCUUAACUGCCCACACUGUGACUAUAAAACAGCAGAUAGAAGUAACUUCAAAAAACACGUGGAGCUACAUGUUAAUCCACGGCAAUUCAAUUGUCCUGUAUGCGAUUAUGCAGCUUCCAAGAAGUGUAAUCUGCAGUAUCAUUUCAAAUCCAAGCAUCCCACUUGUCCUAAUAAAACAAUGGAUGUUUCAAAAGUGAAACUAAAGAAAACCAAAAAGCGAGAGGCUGACUUGCCUGAUAACAAUAAUACCAAUGAGAAAACAGAAACAGAGCAGACAAAAAUAAAGGGGGAUGUAGCUGGAAAGAAAAAUGAGAAGUCUGUAAAAGUGGAGAAAAAAGAUAAUGCUUCGAAAGAGAAAAAGCCUUGUAGUAAUGCUUCAAUCCAGGUGACUACCAGAACUCGGAAAUCAGCAAUGGAAACUAGAGAGAUGGAUGUGCAUUCAAGAACCAAUGCAGAAAAAAACUGUAAAACCAAGAAAAGCAAAAGGAAGAUGGAAGCUGAAGCCCAUUCCAUACAAGAUCCUGUUAAUGAUGAGCAACCUGUGACAAAAAAGAAAAAGAAGACAGAAAGCAAACCCAAAAAUAGUCAGGAAGUACCAAAGUGUGAAAACAAAGUGGAGGACAAUAAAAGGCAAAAUACUUGUGUGAAAAAAAGUACAAAGAAGAAAACUCUGAAAAAUAAAUCAAGUAGAAAAAGCAGCAAGCCUGCUCAGAAGGAGACUAUUCAGAGAGGGCCUGCUCAGACAGAGCCGCUGCCACCCAUGGAGCCUCCUCAGGUGGGGCCUGUUGAGACAGAGCCUCCUCCUCCCAUAGAGCCUGCUCCGAUGGAGAUUGUUCAAAAGGGGCCUGUUCAGAUGGAGGAGCCUCCUGCCAUGGAGCCGCCUCCUCUUACCGAGCCUCCUCCUCUUACCAAGCCUCCAAUUCCCAAAAAGUCUCCUCGAAAAGAUAAUAAAAAGGAAAAGUCUAACAUGCAGAGUGAAAUGGCAAGGAAGGAGCAAGUCCUUAUUGAAGUUGGCUUGGUGCCUGUUAAAGAAAGCCAACUUCUAAAGGAAAGUGCAAGUGCACAGGAUUUCUUACCACCAUUGCCAAAGGAAAACUUAAAAGAAGAGGAGUCAAAAGACCAAAAAUUAUUCACUGAAUGUGAAGGAAGUAAAGAAGCCCCACUUCAAAAAGUAGAAGCAGAAGAGGCAGAUAAGAGUCUAGCUGUUGUCAGGGAAUCUGCCAAUAUUUCAUCCUCUGAACAAAACUUGAAUAUGCUAGAGGGUGAAACUUCAGAUGGUAAACAUCAGACUGACACUAGGCUUUGUGAAAUGGAUAUGGAUACAGAUGAGAACAAAACAGAGAAUCUCCCUGGAAAAGACUCAGCAGUUGAAGAAUCAGUUUCACCACCUCUUCUUCCUCUACCAACAGAAAAACAAGAAGCAGUGUCCAAAACUGCUGUAGCAUCACCUCCCGUUACCAUGGCAGGAAAUGAGUCUCAGGAAAUGGAUGAAGAUGAAGGUAUCCAUAGUCAUGAUGGAAGUGACCUAAGUGACAACAUGUCGGAGGGUAGUGAUGAUUCUGGAUUAAAUGGGGCCCGGCCAGUUCCACAAGAAGCUAGUAGGAAAAAUGCAAAGGAAGCCUCGACAGUCAAGGUGGCUGAGGGAGAUUUUGUUUGUAUCUUCUGUGAUCGUUCUUUUAGAAAAGAAAAAGAUUACAGCAAGCACCUCAAUCGCCAUUUGGUUAAUGUAUACUUCCUUGAAAAAGCAGCUAAAGGACAGGAGUAAUUAAACUUUGGAAAAGGCUUCAAUUCUUAGUUUGUGAGGUCCUAUUACAUUUUAUAUUCCUUUAAACUAGUAGACAACAUUUAAUUUUAAAAUUGCUUUAAUUAGUGUCCAAUGUUGAUUUUUAAGUGACACUCUUUUUCUUAUGAUUUUCUCUACCUAUUGUAUACAUUUUAGCAAAUCCAAGGGAGUUAGUGUACUAAACCAGCAGACACCUAAAUCUGUUAGCUUACACAUUUAAUUGAAACUAGAAGGCCAAGGUGGCACAGCAUUUUAUUGCUUUGUUUAGCUGUAACUUGUCAGUUUACCCCUAAUGUCUGUCUUCCUGUUUCAGUUUAGUUUAUUCUUAGUUUCUUAUGUAGCUCUAUAAAAAUUGGCAUGCUUAAAUAGCAAAUUACUUGAAGAAUUUGCCUGCUUUAUAUACAGUUAGCACUUUAAAAUUUUUUUAGAGAUGAGAAGAGACAUUUAAAUUGAAGAAAAAUUCUCCAAGCAAUGGACAUUGUUUCAGUCCAGGAAUUUACUUCCUGAGUUUUGAUCAAUAUUUCCUAUUUGUGUAUGUUAAUCGUCAUAAAAACAAUGAUUUUUGGUGUUUUUUUUUUUUGGUGCUUUAAUGGCUUAAGAUAUUGCACAUUUUUUUUAACCUAUGCAGUUAAAUUUUUUCCUAGAAAUAGCAUUUGUGUUGAACAGUAACACUUUACACAUAUAUGCAUGUUUUUUUUGUCCUUUUUGGAGGGAUGCUUUUAGUCUUGUUUGCAAAAGGGCAGUUUUUCUUUUGCUGCAGUUGUCUUUUUUGCAGAAUAUUAGUGUGUGCAAGUUGGUGAGCAAAUGAAACAUACAGGUUCAAGUCAUUGAUUUUGAUUUUCACAUCUUAUAUCUAUAACUGUAUUUCAUAUAAGUUAUUUAUUUUAAAUGGAUGUAGUAAAUUCACAGCUCUCAGCUUAAACUUUGCAAUAAAUGAACCAGUAGACUAUAUUGAUGGGUUUUUCUCUCAAAUACCAACCAUAAGUAAAAUUUAUUGGCCUGUUUUAGUAUACUACUACUUAAAUGUACAGUGUUAAGUCAUAUCUUUGAGGAAAACCUUUUUUCAUAGAUGGUUGGUGUCCAUAUGGCUACUCAGCUGAGUAAACAAUUUUGACAUUUGGAAAUUGCAAACCUGGAAUUAAGAGACAGAUAACACAUUCAAAUUAUACAAAAUAUCAAUUGUGAGAUUCCAAAGCCAUAACAAUUAUACAAAAAAACCUAGGAUGAGAAGAAGGUAGUAUGAGUGCUGGUAGACCAGCCACUACUUCCUAUGAAUACAAUGAAAAAGGCUGGUGAACCUUAAUUACAGUCCAGAUUUAAAAAUCACACUUUCUCAGGGAUCUCCACAAACGAGUGGGUUUCCUGGCUGUCACUGUGACAGCCUCUUUGUACAGGUGAGGCCUCAAAUGAAAUGCAGCUAUCUUGGUGUUCCUAUAGUUUGUAGGAAAAAAUGUAUAUUCCCAAACUUACUUUGUUUUGAUAGGUUCUUUGGCCAGUCGCCAAAGAAUAUGAAAGAAUCCAACAGGAUUUUUCUUGUUUAUAGUAGUUAUUCAUUGCAGUAAAAAUAAACUAUGAUCCCAAUAAGGAAUCUUAAACAAUUCUGAUCUUCCAUUUUCUAUUCUGAAAUAACCAUUUCAUAUUUCAUUUAUUUUCUUCUCUCUGGUGAUCUCUCUGAGGUGUAGGUUGCAGAGUUUGAUAGUACAACAUGAAAAAAGAUUAGGAAAAGCGCUGAAGUGUGGGUGGAAAACUUGUUAAAAAUUUAGGAGUGAAGUUUGAGUUAAAAGACAUUUGAACUUUGAAUUGACUGGGAGACCAAAGAUUCAAAGAAGAUGAUACUCUCAAGACAUGAGGAGUGAAUUGUGUGUUAAUAGUGUGUUUUGUGUGCAUGAAUGGAAAUUUGUAAAUGAUGUUGAAUUCUAGGUGAAUUCUUGGCUCCGACAAUCAUUGUCAACAGAAGAUCAAGCUGCAAAUAUUUAUGUUUUAAAACUUAAAUUAUAAAGCUAGUUAAAUCUUUCUAACAACUAGUUUUGAUGUUCAUGGGUACAUUUUAUGUAAGUUACCUUUUACAUUAUGAAAAAAUUCAUAUUAAGUACAGAUUGGAGAUUGGGAAACAAUUUGGGGGAGAGGCUUUUGUAGAUGCUUUCAUGCUAAAGAAAAACAUUGACUUCUUGGGAAUUAUUUUCUUAUCUAAUUUUAAAGACGAGAAUGCUAAAUAAAAAUAUGAAGGAACGUAAAAUUCCUUAUUGUUAAAUUGAUCCGUGAAAACAUUGUUAUUAGAAAUUGGGUAGGGCUUUUGAGGCCUUUCUUCCAGAAAACAAAGACUUGAUUGUCAGGCCUAUAUUAGGUUCUGAACCUUAAUGCCAUGUAUUUGUACUUAUUAAAAAUUGUUUCAGUAAAAAGCAUAUUAAUAAUAGAACUUCUGGUCUAGUUGGGAGUUCUGCCAUUUAAAAAAUGUGAUACUUGCAUAAAACUGAAUCUUUGUGUUUUCUCAGUUUCCCCUCCACUGGAUAGAAUUUAAGCUAGACUUCCCUUUUGAUAAAAAAAAGUGAACAUGUUAUUUGUAAAUUGAUGUUUAGUGACUAGAGAUAAACUUGAAAUACUAGAAUACAUUAUAAGUCUAAUCCUAGGUAGUCUUAUGAAAAUGUAUCUCCUGUCUUUUGAAUCUAUUUUCAAUAUAUUUUAAGUUAUAUAUUUUCUCUUCAGAGCUGCUUCUUUCAGGCGCUUUUUUUUUAUUUUAUUGAAGUGUAAUUUACAAGGGGCAACAUUUUUUUUUUUUUUUACAAGGUUUCUUAUAACUAUGGCUGGAUGUUUUCACUAGUCUUCCAAGAAGGGUCAUUUUAUUUUUUAGAGUCACUUCUAAAGUCCUGUGGUCUUUAACUUAGGGACUAUUUUUUAUAUGAGUGCUAAUAAAUAUUUAAACCCAAGUAGACCUCAUUACAUGUCACCCUAUGAAUGUUGACAAUGGAAGGGACUACCUUGCCUGUAGUAUAUCAGUACUGGACUGAAAAGCUGGGGAAGGAAUAUAAUUUUCUUUUUUGCAUAAAUCAGAAAAAUAGCUAGUGUGUGGAGUUUCCUUCUUGACCUCAGCAGAUAAACUGAGCUGAUAGUGUUAAUUCAGAUUCAGGAAAUUAUCUGAAUCCUGCUUUGUGUAGAUUUGCAAUCUACAUGCAAUAUUGACUAAAAAAAAUAGCUUUUCAGUUUCACAUGUAUACAUAGGCUUUCCCCACUCUUUUCAGCAUCCAUUAGUUAGUUAGUUAUUGAACUUUGUAAACUGGCAUUGAAACAUUGCAACACUGUUUUGUUGUACCAAUUUUAUAAACUUACAGUGCAAUACGUGUUAUUUUUCAGAGACAAACCAAAGGUUAAUUUCUCAAGGUUCUUGCUGCCUGCUUUAGCAGCCUUUGGAGGAUCUUUUAUAUACAUUUGUAAUAGAUGAAAAAUAAAACAUUGCAAAUCUUCUUUCUUUUUCUUUUUAAUGUUUAAACCGUGUACCAAGUUUUUGGUCCAAAUCAUGUAAAAUAAGUUAAACUUAAAUUGCAUUCUAUUAACCAAUAUGAGUGUAUUUCUGUAAGCAUAGUUAUGUUGAAAUAAAGUUUUUAAAAGCAUA